AUGCUUCCAUCCGCCGCGCUUCUGAUAGCCUUGAUCGGCUCCGCAGCCGCUCUACGCAUCAAAAGCGUCACCCACAGCGGACCAGCUUGUCCCCAGACCGACAGACUGACUUGGUCCGGCGGCCUGGACGAUCUGACCAUCACCCUCCCCGACUUCAGCGAGACUCUAGCUGCCGGCCAGAUGACGAGCUGUCAGGUGCACCUGCUCAUCGACGAAGGCGAGCCAGGCAAGUCUCUGCUCCUACAGGAUGUUACGCUCAGCGGGGGUCUUUACCUGAGCUCCAACACCAAAGUCGAUUUCUACACGACGGCGUAUUGGUCUGAGACGGCCUCCGAUACUGUGAGUUUAUUGUCCAUGCUUAUUGGGUGUUGGGCAGAGGAAAGGAUGCUGACUUGUGGGGAAAAGGUCACCAAGUCUACGAGCACGGCGUCUGGCUCCACGGCUGUUUUCCGGAACGUGGAGGUGGCUCAGCGUGUGAACUCGGUGUCUCCUUGUACUGGUGGCGAUGGUUACGUCGGGAUACUGAAUGUGACUUUCCGCAUCAUCUCCCAAGGCGGGGGGUUGGUUAUCUUUGGCAAAGAACGCAAGGAUGGUGCGACUUCUCCGGUCACGGAAUCACUGGCUCUCAAGUGGCAGAGCUGCUAG